GUCCCUUCCCUUCGGUCCACGAAACCCUGUCAUUGUCAAAGGCCGUGCCUUCACUGUUCCGAGGGAGUAAACCUAACACAGAGAAGGCAAAGAACAAAGCCACACAGGGCGAGAGAGAGAGAGAACGGAGAAGAGAGGGAUCAUUUUCUCUCUCUAGCGCUCAUCUUCUUACAUGCCCUCGCGAAUACCAACCGCCGAUGUUCUAUCACUGAACUUCUUAUCCACAUAUCCCUUCCUUUGGUUCAAUGGCUUUCUCUACCUCCCAUAGCCUUUACUGUGCUGAGGACGCCGUCUUAUGGGACUCCUCUGGCGGCGGAGAUGACUCCGGAGACGAGUGGUCGCCUUCCGCAUCAGACCUCAUCGCACUCCUCUCGGCCGAAACAGAGCACAUGCCCUGCUCCGGCUUUCUCUCUCACUCCCUCGACAUCACCUCUCGCCAUGAUUCCAUCAACUGGAUCCUCAAGGUAAUCGAUUUCCACCGCUUUCGUCCGGUCACCGCCUACCUCUCCGUCGACUACCUUGACCGCUUCCUCUCAGCCAACUCUCUUCCAGUAGUAGAGGAGAAAAACGGAUGGCCGAUGCAGCUUCUAUCCGUAGCCUGCAUCUCCAUAGCAGCGAAAAUGGAAGAAACACAGGUUCCCCUGCUUCUCGACCUCCAGAUUCUUGACCCCAAGUAUUUGUUUGCUCCCAGAACUAUCCGACGCAUGGAGCUCAUUCUCAUGGCGGCGCUCCAGUGGCGAAUGCGCUCCAUUACUCCCUUUGAUUUCCUUCCUCACUUCGCUUCAGUCGUUCUCCCCUGCGUAACCGCUUCUCGCCCUGCACUCUUCUCUCGCACCGCCGAUCUCAUCAUCAGUACGCGCCGCGUGGUGGAUUUCAUUAAAAAUUCAGCCCGCCCGCCAGCGCCGGCGCGGCGGUGCUCUGCGCCGCCGCAGAGCUUUCCGAUUCCUCGGUCGCGGAUGACGGCGACUGCCUUCGCUGCUUCAGCAGGUGGUUAAGCAAGGAUGAAUUAGGGGCCUGCCGCCAGCUGAUGGACCAGUAUAUCAUGGACACGUGUGCGCCAAAAUUGAUGCCGUCAAUUGACCUGAUCGAGCCGUCAAGCCCCGUCGGCGUUCUGGACACCGCCGAGCGCGGCAGC